CCAAGCGCUAUAAUUGGUCCUCCUCAACCACUCUGCUCCUCCUCCUGCACUUCGAUUGGUCGGUGAGCGGGGUCCCGCCCCAUUUUCCUGGAAAGUUCUUGGAAAUCUGUCAAAGGUGUUUCCUUUAGCGGCCCUCGGCCCAAGACUAGGGAGCCGACGCCUCUGCCCGCACCUCUCCCCGCCGGGCCGCACAGCCGGCGGUUCUAGGAAGACAUCGCUUCCGGGAAGGGCUGGAACUCAGAGGACAAAAGAUUAGGCUGCUCGCCCCGCCCCGCCCUCCCGGCCUGCCCCCCGCUCCCUUCAGGCCCGCCCGCACCGCCACCUCUCAGUCCCUGCCCGCCGCCUGUGCGCCCCGGGACCCAGACCUGCGAGCGCGACCCGCUCUCUCCAGCCACCGCCGUCUGGCCGAGCCCCAGCUCCGGAGCUGCCGCUGCCGGGACAUGGUCCUCUGCGUUCAGGGACCUUGUCCUUUGCUGGCUGUGGAGCAGAUCGGGCAGCGGCCUCUGUGGGCCCAGUCCCUGGAGCUGCCCGAACCAGCUAUGCAGCCUUUGCCUGCUGGCACCUUCCUGGAGGAGGCAGCCGACGAGACCCCAGCCAAGUCAGAGAGUGAGCCCAAGGUUCUGGACCCUGAGGAGGAUCUGCUGUGCAUAGCCAAGACCUUUUCCUACCUUCGAGAAUCUGGCUGGUAUUGGGGUUCCAUUACGGCCAGCGAGGCCCGGCAACACCUGCAGAGGAUGCCAGAGGGCACAUUCCUAGUACGCGACAGCACCCACCCCAGCUACCUGUUCACACUGUCUGUCAAAACCACCCGCGGCCCCACCAACGUGCGCAUCGAGUAUGCAGACUCCAGCUUCCGCCUGGACUCCAACUGCCUGUCCAGGCCGCGCAUCCUGGCCUUCCCAGAUGUGGUCAGCCUUGUCCAGCACUAUGUGGCCUCCUGUGCUGCAGAUACCCGAAGCGACAGUCCUGACCCUGCACCUACCCCGGCUCUGUCUACACCUAAGGAAGAUGUGCCUGGUGACCCAGCACUGCCUGCUACUGCUGUGCACCUAAAACUGGUGCAGCCCUUUGUGCGCAGAAGCAGUGCCCGAAGCCUGCAGCACCUGUGCCGCCUCGUCAUCAACCGUCUGGUGGCUGACGUGGACUGCCUCCCACUGCCCCGGCGCAUGGCUGACUACCUCCGACAGUACCCCUUCCAGCUCUGACCUGUCCAGGCAUCACCUAGCCUCACCCAGCCAGAUCCUAGAGGGGAUGCCGGCCCUAGCUGGACUUGGGCUCCCACUAUCCCUCCUCCAGUUAUCCUGGUGCCUGCAUGCAUCUGGCAGUUGGACCAGGAAGAGUCAGCAGGAGCAAAGCUUGGGGCCAGGGGUAGGGGGAAGUGUCACAUGACUUGGAGGUCAGCAGCCAUUGUGGUGGGCCAUCUGUCAGAAGACAGGGAGACAGGCAGGACCUUGUUUCACCCUGUGGGCUGGGCCCAGGCCCCCACUUCCCUACUGUGGCCUCCUGAACUGCAUAGACUUGGCUGGCCCUGGUUUCUCAGUCCACAGAGUGGAGCAGGCCCCCUCCUUCCAGCCAGCCUUUGUCUCAGGGAGGAUGGCAGCCAGAGGAACUGAGGUCAACAGUGACAGUCCCCUGAUGGGAGAGCAGGCCAGGCUGAAGGACUGCACAGUUAUACAGUAUUUAUUUAUUUAUUCUCCUUGGGUUGAUCUCAGCGUGAGCCAACCAUACCUCUCUGCCCUGAGCCCUGAGUGCUCCAGAGACUCCAGCCCUGCCCCAGCUUCUCCAGCUCCUCCUGGUGGAGAGCCCCAUUCUGAGAUGUGUUGCUGGACCCAAGGCAGUCCUGGAUGUCCUGGUGCUGCCCCACCCCCUGUGAAAGUGUCCACUCUCUUCUGCCCCCAACCUUGUUUUGGGAGAUUGGGCAAAUGGACAAGAAAAUGGAGCCAAGGCAUUAGAGCCCAACAGAGCUGGCCGCUCACCCCCUCGCAGGGCAGAGCCCUACCUGCACAGAGCUGGUCUCGCUGAGGCAUAGGCCCUGCAUGAGUGUGGGUGCUGGGCUGGUGGGGAGGACAUGCUACUUUGAGAGCUGCUGCUCCAGCUCUUCUGGGUCUGUUUCCUGCCCAGGAAGGUGCCUGCACGUGAGAGAGGGAAAGAAAUACAUAUCUGAUAAGACUUUAUAAAGUGAUUAUUACUUUGAAAAACAGUUUGGUAGUCUUUUUUUUUUCCACUGAUUUUUCUGUAACGACAAUAAAAUUGUAUCUUUCACUUA